AUGGUUGCACGAGCAGCAAUUUUGUCAGUCGCCUUGUCGACCAGCGUGUGCUCGGUCGGCGAGUCCUUUGUGACGCCCAACGUCGCAGUAGUGCCAGGCGGGGCGUUUUCGUCUCACAGAGCAGCACAGGCCGCACGCUCGAGACGACCAGCAGCUCCUGCUGCUAAACCAGCCCGUAGCGGACGCGAUGAUGCCCCUCUCAUGUCGACAUCCACCGACUUGAAGCAGUUGGGGCUGACCCCGGAGCUGGAAAGGUUGACGAAGGUGUUCAGGUCUUGCCCCACGGACAAGAUGCGACAGAUGCAGCUCCUGCACCUCACGCAAAUGGGCGACAAGAUGGACCCGGCUCUCCAGACAGAGGAGAACAAGGUCUUGGGGUGCCUCUCGACCGUGUACGUUGCAGCGGAGGUGAAGGACGGCCUAAUCUACUACUCCACGGACUCGGACGCGAUGAUCACCAAGGGGUCGGCUCGCCUUCUUCUCGCGAUGGGCCUUUCCGGUAACUCGCCGGAGGCCAUCCAGACCGUCAAGCCAGAGUUCAUCCAAGUGGCCGGCCUUCAGGCCAGCCUCGCUGCCGGGCGAAACAACGGGUUCAUCAACAUGCUACGGACGAUGAAGGGGAAGGCGCUAGCGUUGGGCGGCGAGUCGGCCAUCCGCGCAGCUAUGGAGCAAGCAGCCCCGGCGGCGGAAACAGCGGCGCCGGAGGAGGCGGAGGAAAGCGGGACGAUGGCGUCACGGGUAACAGAAAAGCUGCAAAAGCUGGAGCCGUUGAAGCUGGUCAUCGAGGACGAGUCAGGCGGGGAAGAGUCCAAGUUCAUGAUUAAAAUCGUCAGCAAAUCCUUCGAGGGCCUGACGCUGUUGAAGCGGCACCGAUCCGUGUACGGCCUCAUGGCCGACGAAAUGAAAAUAGUACACGCGGUUACCCUAGACACGAAGACGCCCGAGGAGGCAGGAAUGUAG